AAACUUUGCUAGAAUUGUUUAUUUGUUUUGGAUUGUGAAUAAUUUUCUCAGCUUUAGUUUGCUGAUUUUUUCUGAUUUUAUUGAAUAUCUACUGAAUUUUGAUUGUUUAUUGGCUUGCAUGACUAGGUCUUCCUUUGCAACAUUGCUUGAACUUGACCCGGAGAUUGAGAGAACCUUUUGGGCUUUAAGGAGACAAGCUAGGUCAGCAGCAACUUGUGAGAGCAGAAUUUCAGAGAUGGAUAAUCAGAUAACAGAAGGGGAUCGAACUAUGAAAGAGCUUGCAGCACCAGAUGUGGCUUAUAAGUACUCAUGCAUCACUUAUCCAGAUUUGGCAGGAGAUUUUGAACUCAGAUCAGGACUUAUUCAUCUGCUUCCCAAAUUUCAAGGCUUAUCAGGAGAGGAUCCCAACCGCCAUCUACAUGAGUUCCAUGUGGUUUGUUCCACCAUGAAGCCACAAGGGAUAUCAGAAGAAGACAUUAAGUUGAGGGCUUUUCCAUUCUCUUUGACGGGAGCAGCUAAAGACUGGUUAUAUUGCCUUCCAGCUGGAUACAUUACUAGUUGGAUUGAUAUGAAGAAAGCAUUUUUGGAGAAAUUUUUCCCAGCUUCUAGGACUGCAACUAUCAGGAAGAGCAUUUGUGGUAUUCAACAAGUAGUGGGAGAGACUCUUUAUGAUUAUUGGGAGAGAUUCAAGAAGCUGUGUUCGAGUUGUCUACAACAUCAAAUUAGUGACCAGCUUCUUGUUCAAUAUUUUUAUGGGGGUCUACUUCCUAUGGAUAGGAGCAUGAUAGAUGCAGCAGCUGGAGGAGCCUUGGUGAAUAAGACUCCAAAUCAAGCAAGAGAGUUAAUUUCAAAUAUGGCAGAAAAUUCACAGCAAUUUGGGAGUAGAGCUCUUGGGACUAGAGUGGUUAAUGAAACUCAUUUGGUUUCGAAUGAGCAACAAGAAAUCAGAAACAAUUUGCAAGAAUUGACCUCUCUAGUGAAGCAAAUGGCGUUGCAAAAUUCGAGUCAUGUUUCAAAUUUUCCUUUAUCAAUGAUGAAGUUGUGUGGAAUUUGUUCAAGCCAAGAUCAUUCUUCGGAUCAUUGUCCUAAUUUAUAUCAAGAUGAAUCUGUUGCAGCCAUUUCAAGACCUCAAUUUCAGCAACACAAGUAUGAUCCCAACUCUUCAACUUAUAAUCCGGGAUGGAGGGAUCAUCCUAAUUUGAGGUAUGGGAACACAUUUUAUCAGCAGCCAACACAAAAUCAGAUUGGUCAGCCAUCAUUUCAGCAUCAGCAGAAUCAACAUUAUUUCCAAAACCAUCCAGCAGUUCAUUCUCAGCAAAAUCAGCACUUCCAGCAGACACAAUUUCAGCAAAACUUCAACCAAAAUCAGCAAUUUCAACCAUUCCAGAAUUUUCAGCAUUCGAAUGUUGCAUUUCAGCCACAAUUUCAGAAUGCACAGAAUCAGCAAAACCAUUUCCAGCAAAUUCAGCAACCUGUGCAGAAUUUCCAGCAGCCAAGCAGUGCGAAUCAGCAUCAAUUUCAGCUUGCACUUCCAUCUUCUACAAGUCCUAGAUCAAUGCAACCUCAGCACAACUUUAGCAACUCAAAAAUUGAAGAUUUGAUGCAGCAAAUGAUGCAACAGCAGCAACACCAGCAAAGAACUGAUACAACGCUGCAAAACAUUGAAAGACAGAUUGGGCAACUUGCUAGCAACAUCAAUCAAAUGCAAAAUCAAGGAUCUGGACAAUUACCUUCACAACCCACUCCAAAUCCUAAGGGAAAUGUGAGUGCAUUAACUCUGCGAAGUGGUAAACAAAUUUCAGAUCCAAAACAGAAUUGUCCGGUAGAAGCGCAGCAAAAUUUUUCCAAACCAUUUGCAGCUUCGAGUUCACAGAAUUUCCAGAAUUUUCCAGCCACUUCAGAGCAGCCAGAUACUGCACAGCAUGGGAUUACUGGAGCUGAUCAGCAACAUUUCAAUCAACCGGAAGUUUCAGAUUAUGAUCAAAUUGAUGGAGCAGAUUUCGGCUUGGAAUUUACUCCAACAGCAGCUCAAAAUUCAGCACAGAACCUGGGAAAUUCUAGGCAGAAUCUGGACAGAACUUUUAACCAGCAAGAAGCAGAGCAUUCCACUCCAUUACCUUUCCCUCAAAGAAGUAUACAACCAAGAAAAGAAAUGGAGGAAGAAAAGGCUAGGGAAUAUCAAGAAUUGGUGAAAUUAUUCAGCAAGGUUGAAGUGAAUGUGUCUUUGCUUACCAUGAUCAAACAAAUUCCAAAAUAUGCCAAAUUCCUCAAGGAUCUUUGUGUGCACAAAAAGAAAUUAAAGGGGAAUGAAUUGAUAAGUAUGGGAAAGAAUGUUUCAGCAUUACUUCAGCCAGUUCCUCAGAAGUGUGAAGAUCCAGGAGUUUUCACCGUGCCUUGUGUUAUAGGAGAUUGUAUUUUUGAGGAUGCGAUGUUAGAUCUUGGAGCUUCUAUUAAUGUGAUGCCUAAAUCAGUUUUUCAGUCAUUAAGAAUUGGGCCUUUGCAGCCUACAGGUGUAGUGAUUCAGUUGGCCAAUAGAAGUCAAGCACACCCAGCUGGAGUGAUAGAAGAUGUAUUGGUAAAAGUGAGGGAGUUAAUUUUUCCUGCAGAUUUUUACAUCUUAGACAUGGAGGGUGAUGUGCUUGCAAACAGGGCUCCGCUUAUUCUUGGACGUCCAUUCUUGAAGACUGCUAGAACGAAGAUUGAUGUGCAUGCUAGGACUCUUUCUAUGGAGAUAGGAGACACAGUGGUUAGAUUCAGCAUUUUUGAGGCUAUGAAACAUCCUAGAGAGGAUCAUUCUAUACUUAGCGUGGAUAUCUCAGAGGAGUUGGAUGACAUGGAUUUCUUGUCAGAUAUUGAUUCAGAUUUGUAGGUUUCUGAUUUUGGC